AUGGACGAAACGGGCUUGCAGUUCAAACUUAUUCCGAAGAGGACAUAUGUUUCGGAAGACAUGACACAGGUUUCGGGAAUGAAAAAGCAACUUGAAAAAGUGACUGUUGCUUCUUGCUGUAACGCUGAUGGUUCGCUCAAUCUACCGCUGAUUGUAAUUGGAAAAUCCAAAAAUCCCCAUUGUUUUAAGCACUUAAAUAAAGAUACUGACUUGCCAGUUUGGUAUGGUAACCAAACCAGUGCUUGGAUGAACCAGACGAUUUUUGAGGAAUGGUUUUCCAAGGAAUUCGUUCCCAAAGUGGAAACUUUUUUGCGUAACAAAAAUCUACCAUUGAAAGCAAUACUUUUAGUCGAUAACUGCAAGGCACAUAAGUAUUUGAAAGUGAAUGAAAUUGAAGUUGUUUUCUUUCCGGCGAACGUCACCUCCUUAAUUCAGCCUUGUGAUCAAGGAAUUUUGCAAGCACUAAAAGUAAAUUACCAAAAUCUUUUACUAUAUACAAUUAUGCAGUCAUCAGCAGAAAAUGAAAACUUUAAUCUAUUGGCAUUUUUAAAAACCAUAGAUUUGUAUAAUGUCGUAAUUUGGAUCUCAGAUGCUUGGAACGCUUUAAAAUCGUCAACAAUUUAUAGAUGUUGGAAUCCUUUGUGGCCUAUAGAAAAGCGUGAUGUGGCUAUCCAAACAGAAGAAUCUUCAUGCACAUUUGAUCUCCUGGAUAAUUCGGUAGAUAAAGAAAGUCGACCAAAUAUUUCUGAAGCAACAAAAAAUGAUGUAAAUAAUCUGUUGAAAGUCUUUCAAAGCAUACAGGGUUAUGAGGAAACCGAUGACGCUACACUCUUGAAAUAG